AGUUUUAAAUUUUACGAUUCGAUCCUCCUUUUCCCCCCUCGUCCCAACGGCCAUAAGCUCAUCCUAGAGCAGAAAGCCAUAACGGCCGUUGGAUGGAUCUGACUCGAACCGACCCAAAAGGCUACGUUUUUUCUUCAACCCCCUUCAUUUGCAUCUUCUUAUCUCUCUCUUCUCGAUCAACUCUCUCAAAUCAUCUCAAUCUGAAAACCCUAACGCCACCUUUACCCUCCAAUUCCGGUUGCCACAGACGGCAUCUCUCAAUAUUAAACCGAUCAAACUCUCUUUUACCAUCUCUACUUCAAAAGCCCUCAACUGAUUUUCGGUUCUGGUAAGUUACGCCGUCAACACCGCCACAGGUUCUGCGUUUUCCGACCGCCGUGGACCUCAGUUUAAGAAAAGGCACAUAUUACACACUUCACUGCAUCGUUCUCUAGAUAUGGAGGAACAAUUCAUACUUAGAGUUCCACCGAAUGUUGCGGAGCGGAUAGAGCGUCUUCUGAAUGAAAACAAUGCUUCUUCAUCGGAGGACAAGUCGCUAGAUUUGCAAUUUGGCGAGGAUGGAAGAAGCGGUACAUUUGUGAUUGGGGAUGAGCACUUCCCAGCUUCUCUAUUGGAUCUUCCUGCUGUGGUUGAAUCAUACAAGACUUAUGAUGAUAACUCUUUGGUUAAGACUGCUGAUAUUGGUCAGAUUAUUAUGGUGAGGGAAUCUGGUGAUGCUGCUCCGGAUGUAAUUGAGUGUAGACAUGGCCUAACACCUCCGAUGAGAGAUGCUCGCAAACGUAGAUUCCGCAGAGAGCCUGACCUCAAUCCUGAGCUUGUCUCCCGUGUUGAGAAAGAUCUUCUCAAAAUCAUUGCUGGAGGAACGGCUGAAAAUCUUGAUGUGGAAGUAGCUGAACAAGAAGGGGAAGAGAAUGCUCGAAGUGCUAAUAAAAAACCUGCAGCUACACCUGCAUCAAAGCAUGAUGUUCCAGAGACUCAUACAAACGCUGGGGAUGCUGACAGGAGCGAUUCUGAUGAAUCUGAUGAAUCAGUUUGACCAAUAUUAACUACCAAUGAGUAUUGAUAUCAGAUGAAUGCUUGUAGACACCUUUUUUGACAUAUUCUUGAACACUCUUUAUGAAUAAUAGAUUAUUUUAUAAUAAGAAAAAGAGUCAAUUUUUGAAAAUAUAUAUUGAUUUUCUAAAAAAUGAAUAAAUCAUAAAAGGGUGUAUAAAAAGGUGUUUUGCUUUCAUUCACAUUGUAUAAUUUUGUUCUGUUAAAUUUGAUCCCAUCUACAGUUUUAAGAUAGGAUGCAAGAUUUGCUAUCCCAUAUUGUGCAAUUAUGUUACAUUAUCUGUUGUAUUUUACCCUAACUUUAUGUAAACAGUAAACUGCCUGUAAGGUCCUACUUCACCCAGCCCAGCAUAUAUGAGAAUAAGGUUAACCAUAUGUUUUUAAA